AUGGAUUUCCUCCGCGCCUGCAUCCUGUGCGCCGCUCUCUGUGGAUUCGCCGGGGCUUCUGCCUAUCGGGACGUGAAGGAAGCGCUUCUGCAAAAGCUCGGCCUGGAUGAGCUUCCCAAGAUCCAGAAAAGGGAUUUGGAGAGCCUGGUGGUUCCGGCGCACAUCCAAAACAAGUACUUGUCCAUGCUGAAGACGCAUCACAGCAGGAAACGGAGAUCUCUGCCCAGCCUGGCGGGCAUCCUGAGGGGAAUUCCUGGCAACGCAGAUAUCCCCGGGGAGUAUGUGUACUCAGACACCACCCGGCUGCGCGUCGUGUUCGACAUGGACGAGAGGAUCCCGAACAACAGCGAGGUGACCAUGGCGGAGCUGAAGCUCUUCCAGCAGGCGUCCCAGAGCAAGCGCUUCGCCUCGGAGAGGAGGAACCACCGGCCGGUCAACAACGCCAGGGUCAGCAUCUACUGGCUGGACGAGGCCUCCAACAGGACCUCUCUGGUGGACUCGCGGUUGGUCCCGAUUCGCGAGACCGGCUGGAAGAGCUUUGAUGUGACCCAGGCGGUGCACUAUUGGUCCAAGACGCGGAGGAGCACUCCUAUGCACCUGGAGGUGUGGAUCGAGGGCGAGAGACCCGGCAGCUACGCGGCAGAGAUGGCCAAGAGUGUCCGCUUUACCACCCAGGAGCAGGCGAGCAACGACACCUCCGGGACGCCCGAGCUCGUCCUCUACACACUCGACCUGGAGGAGUACGGCUCUCGCGGCGACUGCGACUGGAACAAAGACGCCUGCUGCAGGGAGGAGCACUUCGUGGACUUCCGCUCGCUCAGCUGGACGCAGUACUGGGUCAUCGAGCCGCCGGGCUACCAGGCCUACCGGUGCACCGGGGCCUGCAAGCAGCCGCGGCACGACUUCGGCUACGGCGAGCGGCGCUGCACGGUGUCGGAGAGCGCGCCGCUGCCCAUCAUGUACCUGGUGAAGAAGGGCGACCACACGGAGAUCGAGGUGGCCGAGUUCCCCAACAUGAUCGUGGAGAAGUGCGCCUGCACGCUGGACAACGUCUCCCUGGCGUGA